CCCCACCCCCUCCUGCUCCUCCUGGGUAGAUCUGCUCCAAAACUCCAGCAAUGUUCGAGAGAAGAGAGGAGACGCCACAAGGCCGGUCAGCCAGCAAGUGGGCGAGAGGAAACAUCCAGCGAUCAUGGCGACGUUGAUGAUGAUAAUGAUGCCAAGGCGGAACAACGGUGAGGAGAGAAUAACAAGAGGACGUUAUCUGGCAGACAGGAGAGGACAGAAGUCCUCAGCGAACUGCUAUGGGUUGAUUACUCGGGUAGCUGUCUUCGUUUGGCAGCAACCUGCCGAUCCUCUCGCUGUUUAUGCCCUCUCCUUCUUCAUCGUCAUCUUCGCUCCCUUUACAGAAUCCGUCACAUAAUAACUGAGCGACUCUGUUUUCUCCUCAGACGUCCUCCCCUUGUUGUCUCUCCUCGGUGUCUUCUUCCGUUCCCCUCUCCUCAUUCUGCUACUCUUUCUUGCUGAUGUUGAAGUAUCAUCCGCUGUUCCCCCCGCGUUUCCCAGCGUAGCCGCCUCGCUCUUCUACCUUUGUUCAUAUCGCCAUCGUUCUUGCAUUUAUUUUCUUCCCAUCGUGUAGGCAAGGGAGCGGACAUUACAGAGCGUUGAGGAACGAUUGUAUAUCAAGCGAUCAUCAGCUUCCUUCAGUCGAAAAAAACCUUCCACCUCUGUAUCCUUUGGACCUUGGAGGGAAGGGCCAGCGAAACUGCCAGCAAGCCAGCUCCCUCUUAAUCGACCAACCUUUUUCUCUUUCUUGUGUGCGUAGCCUUGCUAGAGAAUCUAUUAUCAGCCACAGGUGUAAGAUUGAAGCUUUUUGUUUCAAGCGAGGAACGGGCGACCGAUGUGAUUGUGGAUGGGGAAGAAAAACGGAGAUCGAAGAACCAUUAUCGGUGGCUUCUCCUUUGGCCCAGGGCUCAGUCGAAUCUAGAUGCUCAAACACGGAGGAAAUCCCUGUAAGGAAAACCAGAUACCGUUUGCAGAAGGCAUAAACGAGCAUAAACAUAACGUUGCUUUUCUUCGCUCCUUUUCUUUUUCCUGUUGACGCCGUUGUAAGUUGAGAUCGUGUAUUCGCUCGGUAGCCGUUGAUUCGCCUCUGCACUUGAAAGCAGAGAAGCUCUGUCAUCGCCCGAAAUUGCCAGCACUAGGCUUUUGUGGAUAAACAGAAACACACAACAUAGCCAUAUAUAUAUAUAUAUAUCAUCACCAAAUGCAGUAGAGCAAGCAGUGCUGAAGGGCGUGGAUAGAGACAGAGAGGUUUUCUCAUUGGUGAGAGCUCUGCUGCACUGUGCUGUUUCCUAGGCUGCCGCUACCAGCGACUAUCCCCCACAGCUCUCUCUGUUUCUGCUCACUGCACACUCCUCCAUUCCAUCGUACGUGCCCGCUGUGGCUCAGAUAAUGGCCUCUCGCUCUGCACACACUGAAGAGAGAGAGAGGAGAGGAGAUGGAGGGAGAGGCUGCGCGAGAGGGAGGGAGGGAGGGGGAAUGAAGGGAGGGAGAGAGCGAGAGAGAGGGGAAGGUGGGGGCUGCGAAGAGAAGCCGACUGCAUGUGUAGCCGAGAGAAAGAAAGAGGAUAUUGAAAAAGGGAAGGGAGGAGCAGACGGAGAUAAUGAGAAAGGAAAAAGGAGAGAACAGAAAGCAUCAGCCAUAAGAAGAGGCGAGAGAGAAAUGAGAACCGUGUGUGCCGUGCUGGGGGGAAGUGUGUUGUCUGUGUGUUGCUGGCUGUGUGUGCGUGUGUGAAUGCAUGCAUGUGUAUUUCGCCGCUCGCUCUGUCUGUGCGCCGCACAGACUGGAAGGAAUAAAAAGGAAUACAACCCAACAAGUCCGGAUUGCUUUUGGGCUGCUGUGCCGGCAAGCAAGUCUCAUGCUCCUCUCUGUCUCUUCUUCUGCUUUCUGCUCUCCGACCGGCAGCUCUGUCUGGACGUCUAAGACCACACUGUUUGCGAAGUCACUUCAGUAGAUGGCCCCAGAAGUGGAGGCCAGAUGGAAAUUGGGUCACAUGACCGCCUCCAGGAAGGAGCGCUGAGCCUGGAACUAGCCAAUGGAGUGAAUCGCUACCCUAAUGAUGAUUCGACAUCUAGUGAAACAGAGCAGCAGAGAGCAGGAAGCGUGCCUCCAAGGCAGACCUGGUUGUCAGUACACGGCAAGGUCAGUGACACCCAACAACAGCAACCAUGUUGGAACAGCAGCAGCCGUACAACCCCUGGUGAACCUGUCCACCAUGCAGACAUGGAGGAUGCCCACAAUCUGGUGGCUUUUUCUGCUAUUGCUGGCUCCUUGCCUCCUUCUUCCUCCUCUUCCUGCCUCAUGCAGCCGAACACAUCCCAGCUGUAUGAGAAGUUCACCAAGGAGAUGGGUGUUGAGGGGGCACAGGCCAAACUCUCUGCAGGAGCUCCUGAGGGAAGCUGCCAAACUCCAGAAGACUUGAACACUCUACAGUCAGCACUGAGCCAAGCUAAACAUGGACACAAGCCACCCAACUGCAACUGCGAUGGGCCCGACUGUCCAGACUACCUUGAGUGGCUGGAGAAGAAGAUCAAGGUGGCAACCAAUGAGGAUCAAGGUGCUUGCAAGAUGGCUGAUACUCCUCCACACUUACAGCCUCACCUACAGCAAACCCAUUUGCAGCAUCCCCAUCAGCCCUACACCCAGAUGAAUGGUGGCCACCGCCUGUCUGCUUCAUACCCCCAGCAGCAACAGGGAAGUCAAGGCCCUAAUCUAGCCCAUGGGCCCUGCUCAAAACCCCCAAUUCCCUGCUCUCCCCAGGUGCUCUUCAUAGCCAAGGAAAAGAACAUCAGUCUUAAGGCAGCCAUUGCCAUAGAAGCCCUGACCCAGUUAUCUGGUACUGGUCCGCAAUCUGCCGGCUUUCCAGGUCAACUUUCCUACAACAGUAACCUCCAUCACCACCAACAUACCCAGAACCUCCCAUCUCAACCCCCCAACGGCACUAGCUUGAUCCAUUCCUCUCCCGGCACCCACUCAUCUUCCUCACGCUCUCAAUCCGUCCCUCCAGGACUAAACACCAUUCAGCAGGCCUCAGUUUCCUGUGAGCACCACAGGCCCCAAUCCCAGGGCCAGCCGCCCCAUGCUACCCCUCUCCCACCCACUACCUCUCCCUUCCCAGGUCAGGGAAAACAUCCAGGCUUCAGCCCUAAUCUCCAGCAGUGGCAGCAGGGCUCGGACAGAGGCUCUGAACAGAGGAACCCAUGGAUGUGUGUAAAGUCUGAGCCCCAGUCUCACUACGCUGCUGCACCUCACAGCAGCUCAGACCCCAUGUCAGAGCUCAAACAGCUGCUUGGUGACACCAGUGGAAAGUUCAGCAAUGCUCAUUUCAAGCUUCCAGUCACACAGCAGAUUGUUUUGAACCAGAAUGGAGGUAUCCAGGCCCAGGACAACCCAGCAUUGGCCAGGAUAAAGCUAGAACCAGACUCUGGAGAGCACUACCAUCACACUGCCUCCAUGGGACCUUACGGCAUGGCUAAUGGUCAGCAGCAGGGUCAUCACUACCCUGGCAACCCCCUGUCUCCUGGCCAAGCAGCUAUCAGCCACUCCACUCAGGCAGCACUGCAACAGCACCUUCACUACAAGAGGAACCUCUUCUCUAACCACUCCCCUGGCUUUGGAGCACCAGGCCCCCGGGCACCUCUGGCUUGUCAAAACUUGAAAAAAUGGUGGCCACAGAUGAACGCAGAAGGUUUGCCACAUCCGGCCAUCAAACAGGAACCCAAGAAGAGGAAAAGCAGUCAAGGAUCUCCUGUCAUAAAAGCUAUGAGUGGGAUGCUUGCAGUCUCUCCCCUUCCCAAACCUAAACAGAUAAUCAUCAAGAAGACCAAGCAGAAAGCCUCCAUCCCAACCUUCCUGCCUCAGACUCAGAUAUCCGUACAAAAACCAUCAGUCCUCAUGGUGGACAGAGCCCCGACCCUGACCAGCCUGCAACCAGGUUUUCUCCCCUCUCUGCCCCUCCACAGUAAUUCCACUCAGGCUGCUGCUGCAGGCCUCCCUGCCCCAGCCCAAUCUCAGGUAUACAUUUCCAACUCCUCAAUGACCCCAUCUUCCACUGUUUCUGCUUUGUCAGAAAACACUCCAGCCCUCAUGGGCCCUCUGCUCCCACCUGUGGCCCCUGUAGCCCAUGCUAAAUCAGAGGGAGUGGGCAGCCUGGCCUCCAGAAACACCAGCACCACCACACCUGUGACCUCCACAUUUCCAUCCAGCACCUCACAAUUACAGAGCGUCAUCAACAUAGACCCGAAGUACGAAGAACUGAUCCGCCAGUUUGAGGCUGAAUUUGGGGACUCAGCUCCAGAUGCAUCUGACAGUCAGCCCAAGGAGGAGACUGCUACAGCCCCUCAACCGAGGAAUCAGUCCCAGACCAGUCCUCAGGACCUCAGUCCCACAUCAUCUUCCACCUCCCGGUCGACUCCCAUAAUUCUCUCCACUCAAGCCAGUUCCACACCUCAUCCAGAUGAUCAGGAGAUGAAAGUCAGCAAAGAUGAAUCAGGGCCCCAAAGUGAAGCAACCUUGAACCAGGCAUCCACAGAAAGCUCUAUGAGGGAUGUCUCUCUACAUUAUCAGGCCAUUCUGCACAAGCAGCAGCAGCCCAGUGUGAUAGAGGAUACUUUCAACAUGCCGUGUUCUUCGCUACCCAAACGCAUGAAGAUUGAAGCCUCGGGUGAUAUAACAGUACUUUCCACCACAUGCUAUUCUGAGGACACACCCACUAAGGACAGCCUGCCUGCUUCUCCAUCUCUCAGAGGCUUCCUAGAGUCUCCUCUGCGCUACCUGGACACCCCCACCAAGACCUUGCUGAGUACUCCUUCCAAGGAUCUGCAGGCAGAGUUCCCCACCUGCACCUGUGUGGAACAAAUCCUGGAGAAAGAUGAAGGACCCUACUACAAUCACCUGGGAUCUGGACCUACUGUCGCCUCCAUACGAGACCUGAUGGAGACGAGGUAUGGAGAGAAGGGGGAGGCCAUCCGGAUUGAGAAGGUGGUGUACACAGGGAGAGAGGGAAAGAGCUCACGAGGAUGUCCUAUUGCUAAGUGGGUGAUCCGUCGUGGCAGCGAGACAGAGAAGCUGCUGUGUCUGGUGCGUCCGCGUGCAGGCCACCACUGUGACAACGCUGUCCUCAUCAUCCUCAUUAUGGCCUGGGAAGGUGUCCCGAGGGCCCUGGCUGACAAGCUGUACCACGAGCUCAGUGGCACCCUCACCAAACAUGGCAACGCCACCAGCCGACGCUGUGGCCUCAAUGAUGAUCGUACCUGUGCGUGUCAAGGCAAGGACAGUGAGUCUUGCGGUGCUUCCUUCUCCUUUGGCUGCUCCUGGAGUAUGUACUUUAAUGGCUGUAAGUACGCCCGAAGCAAAAUACCACGCAAGUUCAGGCUACAAGGAGAUCACCCUGAAGAGGAGGACAAACUCAGGGAUAACCUCCAACAUCUGGCAACUGAGUUGGCUCCUUUGUACAAGCAGCUGGCGCCACAGGCCUACAGUAACCAGUGCCAGUUAGAGUCGAAAGCUCCAGACUGCAGGCUGGGCUUGAAGGAAGGCCGGCCGUUCUCUGGAGUCACUGCUUGCAUGGACUUCUGUGCCCACGCUCACAAGGACCAGCACAACCUCUACAAUGGUUGCACAGUGGUAUGUACUUUGACUAAGGAGAACAACCGUAAUAUGAAGGAGAUUCCAGAGGAUGAGCAGCUCCAUGUGUUGCCUCUUUAUAGGAUCUCCCCGACCGAUGAGUUUGGCAGUGAGGAGGCCCAGCGUCUCAAGAUGCAGACAAAAGCCAUCCAUGUGCUUCAGGCUUUUCGCCGCGAGGUACGCAAGUUGCCCGAACCUGCCAAGUCCUGCCGUCAGCGCAGACUGGAGGCCAAGAAGGCCAACUCGGAGAAGAAGAAAAAUAAACUCAUGCAGCAGGCAGGAGAGACACCAGAGAAAACAGUGGUCAAGGCUGAGGUCUGCAUCACAGGUUCCCCUCAACCCCAAGGCAAUAAAGCAAUUAUAAAACAAGAGGUGAAGCCCAACAUCAAGAAGGAGCCCUUCAAUGGAUCAAUAGAUGGAUACCCUGUGCCGGCAGCAGACCCAUUCAACAUCUAUCCACACCCUGCCUACUAUGCAAGGGGAGGCCUUCCCCCAACUGGCCAGCCCUCUGCAUCAGACCCAGUAAAUGGUUACCACCACAAUCUGCCCCAAAUGCACUAUGGCUACUACAACUACUCCCCCAAUGCACUUUUCCCCCCUAAACUGAGGACCUACGAGGGUCGAAAUGGCUCUUUGCCCAAAGCAGGCGGCAAGGCUGUCCAGGUUGACGUGAAGCCUGAUAUUCAGAGCCUUCAGGCCAGACUGGCCCAGUCCUUCCACAGCCACCCAGAGCAAGCCAACCAACCAAACCUCAGCGCUUAUGUCCAGCAUGCAGACCACAACCAGUCCCGUCCAUCCUCUGUAUGCUCUGAAUCCUCCAACAGAGGCACUCCAGUCAUCAAACAGGAGCCUAUGGAUGUGCCAGUCUAUGAAGGCACAAAGCAGAGCCAGGCCGGUGCCAACACACCUAGCAACAGCCCCCAGCCUGCAGCCUGGCAUGGGCACAAGUUUAAUGGAAGUAUCGUUCCCACCAACUGGGAAGGCCAUCUGAACGCUAAACUCAGUCCUGAAGCCUCAUUGUUGAUCCCCGACAAGCAGCAGUUUCACCAGCAUCCCCAGCAGCGGCAGCCCUCUCCUUUCCUCCAGCAGUGGACAUCCUACUCUGGCUCAAAUGCUUCCCCUGCUCUAUCGCCAUCACUCCAUGUACCUCACUCUCCAUCUCCAUCACCUCACCUAGGGACAGCGUUCCCGGGUAACAUGCGCCCAAGCACCCCUCAGACAGGUACACCACAGCCUGGCAGCUCUCACUCACGCUCAGUUACACCACAGCCAGGCACCCCAGGCCCAGGCACCCCCAGGCACUGGGCCAGCCCUGCUCCUAGUCCUCAGCCGAAUGCUUGGGCCAUGGGGCCUGUGGCAUAUAGCCCCGGUUUGAAGCACAGCAAUCCUGCAGGAGCCUAUCCUGACAAGAUCUGGUCCAAGACUGGGGAAAGUCGGUGUUCCACUCCCCUUGGGCUCCAAGAGAAGGCCUGGAAGUCUUGUGGAGGUUCAAUGGCAGGCGUUUCCCAGUCCCCUACCCCGGAGGGUCGUCUCUUCCCUGAUGCCCUGCGGCAGUCAGAUCAAGGCUGCUGGACUCCCAGCCGAGCUGAGAGCGACGCUGAGAGCACCAAGGGCCGUGAGGAGUACGACGAAGAGGAGUGGUCUGACAGCGAGCACAACUUCCUGGAUCCCAACAUUGGUGGUGUAGCUGUAGCACCAGCCCAUGGCUCCAUCCUGAUUGAAUGUGCCCGUCGGGAACUACAUGCAACCACUCCGCUCAAAAAGCCUGAUCGCGCCCACCCCACCCGCAUCUCCCUGGUCUUCUACCAGCACAAGAACCUCAACCAGCCCGUGCACGGCCUAGCUAUUUGGGAAGCCAAAAUGAAGCUGCUGGCGGAGCGAGCGCUGCAGAGGCAGCAGGAAGCGGCUCUCCUUGGCCUCUCCCAGGAAGACAUCAAGGCCCUCGGGAAGAAACGCAAGUGGGCUACGGUGGCAGGUGCCAGUCCAGGACCUGGACAAUCUAAAGACAAGAGGGAGGGGCCAGUGACGCGGUUAGCCCCGACGUUCCACACCUCCUCUACGGUUACUGUGUCUCCCUAUGCCUUCACCCGCCUCACUGGGCCCUACAGCCACUUUGUCUGAGGUCAGACAGAUACAAACUGAUAGCUACAGAGUGGUGCAGUGGAGGGCUGGAGAGAGCAGUGAGCAGGAUGAAUGUCUCUCAGCCGUCCCACAGUCUGGCAUCUCUCCAUCCUGCCACCUCCGCAGUCCACUUGACGGAGGGGACGUUUUUAUUGUUUUUUACCUCAUGUCAGGCAGUUGUUUGGGCUUCAGACAUACUGCCUGUGGUGCUCUUCCUCUCUCUUCCUUGGAGGGGAUCUCCAUUGCUUUUUCUUGUUCAUAGAAUUUUAAUGAUUCUAAUUAUUGCUAUUAUUAUCGAUAUUAUUAUGAUUGCUAUUGUUACUGUCAAUGUUGUUAUUACAGGUAUUAUUAUAAUGAAGACUUGUUUGUUUUUUAUUAUUGCUGUUUUCAUUAAUGUUAUUAUUAAUGAUGUGAUUGUUUUUGGUUAUAUAUUUUUUUAAAUCAAUCAGUCAGAGUCAGUCAGACUCAGGCAAUCGCUUUUCCAUGUUUGGAAAACGUGUUCCCUUUUUUCUGUUUUUGAUUUUCUUUGUUCUUGUCAAUCUUCCAGCUGUAGUUAGAGGAGGAGCCAUUAUCUGCCCAGUGAGACAGCAACUCACUAUUACAGUAAUCAUAUGUACGUAUCUAAAAAAAAAAAAAAGAAGCCUUUUCAGUAGGCUUGUCUUCGAUAUCUAUCUCUAUUUUGAAAAUGUAUUGAUAUGCAUCUCUGAUCUCAGGACAGGAGAGCUCCUUAAAGACAAAAACUAAAUUCAAACCAAGCAUUGUAGGAAAAUAAUGCCCAGGUUGAAAAUAAUUGCAGUUGCCCCUUAAACCACAUUUGGAAAAAAAAGGUUGCUGCUUCUUUGUCGUCAGAUGACGUGCUCCUCCUCCUCUUCUGUACCCCUCCAAGUUCAGACUGGUGCUCAACUUUCAGCUCUGAUUGAUUUUUUUUAAUCCCGCUACCCUUCAUGGCAGUUGAUGCUGUACUUAGGUGCUCGCUAACCUGGCUCAACUAGUAUUAGCAAUUGAAUUUGUUUUGACCAAGGUGGAGUGGCAGAAUGAUGAGAUUCAUUGCUUCAAGACAUCGGUGCAUCGACAUCCUUUGCUCGUCAUGUGCUCCCGUAACUGCACAUAUCUGGUACUCCACAGAGGCCAAAAUAAGUGAUUCUAUUUGCAAAUGCCGUUUGACCCAGAUCGACAAUUACCACAUAGAGACGGAACAGGUGGCACACUUUAUCUUCCUAUAAUGUUCAAGUAUGCGGGAGCACCUCCCAGUGUAAACUCUAGAGGGCAGCAGUGACUCCCGGUUCAAAGUGGUGUGUACAAACAAACCUCCUAGCACGUGAGAUCCACUCAGAAACCUAUAGCCUUGCUACUUUAACCACCCAUGGCCAGUAGAGGGGGAUCUCACACCCUGUUGCUGACCAUGGUAAAGUUGAUCUAGUGGCACAGAUGUGAAUGGAUGCUGUUGGGUAUCCCGUCCUGGGUUUGAGCAGAAGGAGAUGUUGUUGGGACAGCAGUGCUUUUGGUGCUACUACUAAACACACACUCUGGUGCUCUCCUAUUACACUUGAUUUACUGUGAAGGACCCACUCUUUCCUCUGCAUGGUGCUGUCAUCUUCGAGCAGAGAGAGAGAUGUGUCCUUCUGCAGAAACCUUGUCACCGCAGAGCCAGUCAAUCAAAGUGGCCGCCCUGCGGGUUGCAGCUCCGUCAUCGGGCUUGAGAACCGGUUUCUUUUUGAGGUGCUUUUUAUUUUUUUGAAUUUUAUUGUGUCAAAGUGGUUUUGUCUCAAACAAAGUACUCUUUACAGGGGAGAGAAAGCACAGUCAUUGCAGUGCAUUGUUGGUAACCUAUUCACAGAGAUAACAAAAAGUCCCGAGAGCUAAACGGAGACCUAGGGAGAUGGCGUCAAAUGCAAGCGCGUUGAGUCAAUGCAUCUCUCACUUUGAAAAAGAUUCAAACGCAUUGGGUGCGUGAGCGAGAAAAGCCAAAGAGAGAGACUAUUUGAUAGCCUGGAUAGAAUCCUGUGAACCACUCGUUUUUGUUUUCAGGCGUCGACAGUGUCACUAUUUGAUUCAUUGAAUUCAAGCGGUGACAUUGGUUAACUUGCAACAUUUGCCGAAAAUGAGCGACUAACAUAAUUGGAUAGAGGCAGACUCCUGGCUGCUGGGUGGUUGUUUGGGUCAAGGCCCUAGUCGUCUGUGAAAGACCCCCGUCACCUCUCCCGAGGGUCUCCAGCGCUCUACCUCACGCUGUAGAGACACUGGUCACAAUCAACAACUUGCUACUGAGGGCAGAAAUCAUGCAUAUGUCCCUUUGUGUGCUCUAGAUCUCCACACUCAUUUUAACCUGUUUUUUUUUUUUUAUUUGUACUCUUAUUUAUUACUACAUGGUGAUGAUGAUAAUGAUUGUCUUUGAUGUUAUUGUUUUUUCAUCUUUUUUUAUAUAGCUAAUACAAAUUGUACAUAGAGAAGAAAAGAUUUAUAAAAGCACUUUUAAUCUUGAUUUUAAUGACAAAAAGAAAGCCGAUUAUUGAUAACUUGAAGCUUAGUUUUUCUGUUUUGUUUUUUUGUUUUUUUUCUCAAGAGAGAGAUAAAAAUGUAAAUAUUAAAAUAUUUAGGUAAGAUUAUUUAACUGGUGAGGAUAGUAACUAAACCAUGAAUGACAAGGGGGUAUUUUGAAGUCUCUGACAGCCCUCAGCAACACUUGGUCCCGAUGUGUUGUGUGUAAAUGUGUGCUUAGUAACACUGCUGUUUUGCUUUCGUAAGUACUGUAACCCCUUGUCAACAUGUAACUGACAGAGACCUGUCCCUUUCUAAAAAGAAAUUCAUUAGCCCAAUUAUGUAACAUGAAACCACACAUGACACUCACUGGCGACAGUCAAAAUAACUGGAGGAUCCCCCAUGAUGCAGUUCUCUGACCAAAACCUUAUUCUUACAAAAAGUAUGAAGUUCAGGGUUUUAGAAAAGCUUUUUCUGCUUGACAGUAAAUCAUCAUUUGACAUUUUACAGCAAGUGUCAACAACCCAAGAGACACUCUGUCAUUACAAAUUAAAAGCAAUGUCAAAUUUCUAUUUACGCUUGAAAACAAAUGUAACUAUAUGGUACUAAACAACAGCCAUCUAAUGGCAGUAAGCUAAAGUCAAAUCUAAAGAGGUAGCCAUAAACCUACUAUGUGCUGUUUGUUGUUUAAAUAAAUAGUUUGACGUUUUGGGAAAUGUGCUUAUUUACUUUUCUUGCCGAGAGUAUGCUAAGCUAAGCUAACUGGCUGCGUACAGAAAGGAGAGAGGUAUAUAUCUCCUCAUCUAAGUCUUAAUGUUUCCCAAAAUGUUGAACUAUUUCCUUAAUAUCAGUAUAGUUGCCCUUUACAAAUUGACCACCGAUCAUGUGCAGGACCGCAUCCAAAGAAGUGAUGUUUAGGAACAUACUGGUAGUUGCAGAGCGAGGCUGAGGUGAACCAGUGGGCGACGUUUUAGGGAGUAAUAGCCCAGACCGGCAAUCUUUGUCAGUUGUGUUAGACUAUCAGGUAAGAGACUCCCUGCUUGUUUAGAUGUAUCUAUCAUUAUCUACUCAUAAUAGUUCUCAUCAUAGUAAGUAUGAACUUGGCUUAAAAAUCAUGACGCCCCUCUGGAAGAUACCAUGUGUUUGUAAUAAUUAAUCGUAUGAUACACACAACAUGGCCAACAGUAGUUUGACUGGUGCAGGGGCUGGUACUGGUAGAGUAACAGCCCAUUUUACUCUUCUACCAUAAUGCAUGGCCCACAUUACACACACACACACACACACACACACACACACACACUUGCCUAAAAAUGGGUGCUGAGGAUGCAGUGUAUAUGAUAUCUUAAUAACUUUGUAGAUUUCUAACUUCUCAAGAGGUUGGUGGAAGCUCAUCAUGAGAGGCGCCUCCUCCCAAGCUCGUACUGAGAUGGGGGGGAUCGGUCAGCUGGUGCUAUGAUGCUACACCUUAAAAUUCACUGUGUAAAAAAAAAAAAAAAAAUGCGAGGGAUAAAUGAUUACCACAAAUAUUUUUCUGAGCACUUCGAAUGUCAAGAGAAGUAUACUUUUGAUUCAGGCAGUUUCACAGGAUGGGAAGCUGCCCCGGUGCUGACUUCAUGAAGUCUUUUGUUACGACGCUACAAAAUGACUUCUCUCUUUGAGGGCAGGGGGGGGGCACUCAAACAGUUGAUUACAUUCUCUAUUAACAUUCAUUCCAUAUUGUACUUGAACUUAUUAAAACUAGGAUGAGAUAUAGAAUCAUAUUAUAUGAAGACUGUUAUCUGGGUUUCAUGUUUGGUGCAGCGCAAGUAUCACAGGCUAUUGAGAUGAUCUUUUGAGUAUGUUGUACACGUUCAUGUUAACUUAAUGCUAAGAUAUUUGAACAAUACAGGAAUAGUUGUGUUCUGCCCCCCUUCCUCUCCUUGGUCAUGCACUUCCUUUACUCAACCCCUCUCUUAUUCUUAACACCGUGUAUAUUUUUCUCUUUCUCACACACACACACACACAAACAGAUAUACAAAUGCAUCUCACUGUGUAUGGCCCACAUUUAGAAGUCUGUUGAAUACCUAAUUUAAUGAACACUCUCCAAAUUUGGGAUAGAGUCUUGGACCCUGGCCCGUACAAAACAGAAAAAAAAAAAAAAAAGAUGAACCUACACAACUGGCAGCUACUUUCCUUUUUGAGUUAGGAUUGUUCUUGGUUCUUUAUUUUCAUGUCAAGGAUGCAGUAUGUAAAAAAGUGUUUUUGUUCAGUCUCUCUCUCUUUGUAGCUGUAUGGUGUAUUAUGUGAAUACAUAGUGUAUGUGGUAAAAAAACCCACAAUAUUGUUUUAUGUUGCGCGAUAAAUAAAAACAUUGAAGUGAAAA